UCCUGCGAUCGCAAACAAGGGGAUCUCAACAAAGCAUAAUGAUUGCUAAGGUACUUCUCGUUGCUGUUUUCUGCACUGUUGCUGCUGCAAGUCAUUAUGAGCAUCACCAUGAGCAUCAUCACCAUCCACAGCCCUACAAAUUCGGCUAUGAAAUAAAGGAUCACCACGGAUCUCAGCACAGACAUGAACACGGAGAUGGUCAUGGCCAUGUACAAGGCAGUUAUGGUUUCACUGACCACAGAGGCAUUCACAGAGAAGUCCAUUACGUAGCUGACCAUCAGGGAUUCAGAGCCACUGUCAAGACCAACGAACCAGGAACCGCCAAUCAAGAUCCAGCCCAUGUCAAAUUGCAUUCUAAUGCCCAUUAUGCUCACCAUCAUCAUGAGCCACAUCACCACGGACACCAUCACCAUGAACAUCAUGGUCAUCAUCACCAUGGGCAUGCUCACGUGUACCAUCACCAAGAUCACCAUCAUGGACACCACCACGGUUAAAACACCUAAGCGACUAAGUUUCAGAUCAUUAAAAAUUUUUUCCCUCUGUGAUGCAAAAAUAGAUGCCAAAAGUUUCUAGAUUAUUUGGGAGGGUGAGGUGUUUCUUUCUUUCCUUUAACAUCUAUCAACUUUCUGUACUAUUUUCUUGGCUCUUCGUAUCAUUUACCUAUAUCAGUCUAAGCAUGUUUCUAUUUGUUUAUUUUCUGUUUAUUUAUUUUUCUUAAAAGCUCUAUUUAUUUUCCUUUCCGGUGUAAACAAAGGAGCUUUCAAGGACAACUGGGGAGGAGGAUGU